GCUUGAUUCGGACAGCGACUCACGACAUUGGUUCCACUUAUCAUAAAUGCCCGUAACUUAUAUAUAUAUUGUUGUAGCUAAUAGUAAUUAUGUCGAGAAUAUCAAGUAGACUCAUAUUGACAUGUAUUGUAUGGUUUACGCUUUAUGUUUCUGAAAUAAAGAAAGCGUCGUCAGUAACAGCUCAAGGUAAGAGAAGGAGACGCCAGCAGUUAGCUAGCGUUAGCUGGUUGUUUUUUUAUGUAGCUAGUUAGCGAGCAAGUUAUCACUGUUAAGUUUAAACUAUAAAGCCAGCAAAUUUGCAAGCUAGCUAUCUCACUACUUGCUCUUGUGCAAUGGAGUCUCAAAUGGUACCUGGUACCAUAGCUCUAGCUAUUUUUUUGUUGUUGCAUAUUUAGGUACACGUUUACCCCAGUAUCUUGUGCAGGUCAAAAAAGUUCUACCAUUUAGCGCUAACGUUAGUAGUUGGUUGUGUCAGAGAGGAAGAUGCGAAACAUACUCCAAAAUCUCUGGUCGUAUUUGACAAGCAAGCACAUUCAGGAUAGAUCAGUGGUGUAUGCUGGCUCUUAUUCGUUCUACCUCGUCUACAGUGAUGGUGUAUUCAUCUGCCAAUAGCCUAAUUAUUGGAACCAGCUGAACACAUCUAGUAAGUUGAUUCCAUAAUGUGGUUUCUACAGUUCACUUCUGAAAGGAUGUAAUAAUAUUUAAUCUGUUUUAUUUACAGAGAAUGAUGAACUACCAGAAUUCAAGUUCUCUGAGGAUGUGGGCUCUGACAUGGAAAAUAUUCCCAAAUUUGUGAGAAUGGAGGACCUUGAGUCUCAGCCAAAGAGGCAGUACAAGACUGCAGAGAUCGCAGACGCAGUAAUGGGAACCGAACUACCUGUCAACCCAGCAGGUAUCGAGUCACUGAUCCCCAAGAAUGUGAAAGACUUUCAGACAGGGUUCUCGCCACCCUGCGAUGAUGAGGCAAAAUGUCCCUCACCUUUGAACAAAGAAGAGUCCAUGAAUUCAGAACCCAUGGAACCAGUCACAUUGGAAAUGGUCCACGUAGACGCCAUGGCAAAUGAAGAACAGAACUCCACAGAAACUACAAAGACUUACAAAGUCAACUGCGAUAAAAGGAACAUCACAGGGAUGGACAACUUCACAGUACAGGUCCUAAAUGCCUCACAGGUAAUCAGAUGUCUGGGUUUGUUUAACUGUAUGCAUCAUGACAUGAACUAGUGUGCCCGAAAAACUAGGUCCCACUGCCUUGAUACUACCUAGACUCAGCCGUGGGGUGUCUAAAACUCAGCCGUGGGGUGUCUAAAACUCAGCCGUGGGGUGACUGAAAGACCAGCCGUGGGGUGUCUGAAAGACCAGCCGUGGGGUGUCUGAAAGACAGCCGUGGGGUGUCUGAAACUCAGCCGUGGGGUGACUGAAAGACCAGCCGUGGGGUGUCUGAAAGACCAGCCGUGGGGUGUCUGAAAGACAGCCGUGGGGUGUCUGAAAGACCAGCCGUGGGGUGUCUAAAAGACCAGCCGUGGGGUGUCUGAAAGACCAGCCGUGGGGUGUCUGAAACUCAGCCGUGGGGUGUCUGAAAGACCAGCCGUGGGGUGUCUAAAAGAUCAGCCGUGGGGUGUCUGAAAGACCAGCCGUGGGGUGUCUGAAAGACCAGCCGUGGGGUGUCUGAAAGACCAGCCGUGGGGUGUCUAAAACUCAGCCGUGGGGUGUCUGAAAGACCAGCCGUGGGGUGUCUGAAAGACCAGCCGUGGGGUGUCUGAAAGACCAGCCGUGGGGUGUCUGAAAGACCAGCCGUGGGGUGUCUAAAAGACCAGCCGUGGGGUGUCUGAAAGACCAGCUGUGGGGUGUCUGAAACUCAGCCGUGGGGUGUCUGAAAGACCAGCCGUGGGGUGUCUAAAAGAUCAGCCGUGGGGUGUCUGAAAGACCAGCCGUGGGGUGUCUGAAAGACCAGCCGUGGGGUGUCUAAAAGACCAGCCGUGGGGUGUCUGAAAGACCAGCCGUGGGGUGUCUGAAACUCAGCCGUGGGGUGUCUGAAAGACCAGCCGUGGGGUGUCUAAAAGAUCAGCCGUGGGGUGUCUAAAACUCAGCCGUGGGGUGUCUGAAAGACCAGCCGUGGGGUGUCUAAAAGACCAGCCGUGGGGUGUCUGAAAGACAGCCGUGGGGUGUCUGAAAGACAGUCGUGGGGUGUCUGAAAGACAGUCGUGGGGUGUCUGAAAGACAGUCGUGGGGUGUCUAAAACUCAGCCGUGGGGUGUCUGAAAGACCAGCCGUGGGGUGUCUGAAAGACAGUCGUGGGGUGUCUGAAAGACCAGCCGUGGGGUGUCUGAAAGACCAGCCGUGGGGUGUCUGAAAGACCAGCCGUGGGGUGUCUGAAAGACAGCCGUGGGGUGUCUGAAAGACAGUCGUGGGGUGUCUGAAAGACCAGUCGUGGGGUGUCUGAAAGACCAGUCGUGGGGUGUCUGAAAGACCAGUCGUGGGGUGUCUGAAAGACCAGUCGUGGGGUGUCUGAAAGACAGUCGUGGGGUGUCUGAAAGACCAGCCGUGGGGUGUCUAAAAGACCAGCCGUGGGGUGUCUGAAACUCAGCCGUGGGGUGUCUGAAAGACCAGCCGUGGGGUGUCUAAAAGAUCAGCCGUGGGGUGUCUAAAACUCAGCCGUGGGGUGUCUGAAAGACCAGCCGUGGGGUGUCUAAAAGACCAGCCGUGGGGUGUCUGAAAGACAGCCGUGGGGUGUCUGAAAGACAGUCGUGGGGUGUCUGAAAGACAGUCGUGGGGUGUCUAAAACUCAGCCGUGGGGUGUCUGAAAGACCAGCCGUGGGGUGUCUGAAAGACAGUCGUGGGGUGUCUGAAAGACCAGCCGUGGGGUGUCUGAAAGACCAGCCGUGGGGUGUCUGAAAGACCAGCCGUGGGGUGUCUGAAAGACCAGCCGUGGGGUGUCUGAAAGACAGCCGUGGGGUGUCUGAAAGACAGUCGUGGGGUGUCUGAAAGACCAGUCGUGGGGUGUCUGAAAGACCAGUCGUGGGGUGUCUGAAAGACCAGUCGUGGGGUGUCUGAAAGACCAGCCGUGGGGUGUCUGAAAGACCAGCCGUGGGGUGUCUGAUAGACCAGUUGUGGGGUGUCUGAAAGACCAGUCGUGGGGUGUCUGAAAGACCAGUCGUGGGGUGACUGAAAGACCAGUCCUGGGGUGCAACAGUUUCUGUAGGUUUUUGAUCCAGCUCAGCUUGAUUUAACUAAUCAUGGUGUGGUCCAGACUGGAACAAAGGCCUGGCACACACUACAGCCAUUCAGGAUAGAGACUAGAGACACCCCUGCCAUAGACCUCAAAGAUAACUAUGUCCAAUGGGAUUUUAUUUCUCCAUACAGGACUUGAUGGAGUUCCUGAAUGUAAACGGCACAGAGUGCUCUCUGGUGUUAUUCUUCACUACCUGGUGCCAGUUCUCUGCCAAUCUGGCACCUCACUUCAACGCACUGCCCCGGGUCUUCCCCAGCAUGCACUUCCUGGCACUGGACGCCUCCCAGCAUAGCAGGUAAACUACCAAAAUACUUUACACCAGUGCAGGGCUCUCCAACCCUGUUUCCGGAGACCUAGUCCUGUAGGUUUUUCACUCCAACCUUAAUCUAGCCCACCUGAUUCUAAUAAUUAGCUGGCUGAUAAACUGAAGCAAGUUAGUUACAACUGGGGUUGGAGCAAAAACCUACAGGAGGGUAUAUCUGCAGGAACAGGUUUGAAGAGCCCUGUCUUUAGUUUUCUGUCUGUGUUGAGUGUAACAAUAACUUAUGUUAUUUUAUUUUUUUCUUAUUUUUUCUUCUGCAACGCGUUUCUCUCCAGUCUCUCCACAAGGUUCGGAACAGUAGCAGUUCCCAACAUCCUCCUGUUUCAAGGUGUGAAACCGAUGGCCAGAUUCAACCAGACAGACAGAACCCUGGAGACUCUGGUGUCUUUCAUAGCUAAUCAGACGGGUACGUAAACAAAGGCGACGAGGCAUCGGUCCCUGAUCAUUCAGAAGUGGAUGUGUAGUAGCCACUGUCUAGUGGCACAGUGCAUCGCUGUGCCACUAGAGAUCCUGGUUCGAAUCCAGGCUCUGUCGUAGCCGGCCGCGACCGGGAGACCCAUGGGGCGGCGCACAAUUGGCCCAGCGUUGUCCAGGAUAGGGGAGGGAAUGGCCGGCAGGGAUGUAGCUCAGUUGGUUGAGCAUGGCGUUUGCAACGCCAGGGUUGUGGGUUCAAUUCCCACGGGGGGGGCCAGUAAAAAAUUAAUAAAAAAUCUAUAUAUAUAAAAAAAAGAAUAAUGUAUGCACUCACUAACUGUAAGUCGCUCUGGAUAAGAACGUCUGCUAAAUGACUAAAAAUGUAAAUGUAGUAUUUCAUAAUGAGAAAGAGUUCAGGAUGAUGAUGUAAUCCUUAAAGCCCCCAUGCAGUCUUUGUAAUUUAAUGUUUGUAAUCAUUGCUAAUGAAUCUAUUGUUUUAUUUAAAAAACGGAAAUAACUCCCAAAAUAUAUUUCGUAUCAUUUAUUUUCAUGACCCAACUUUUGGCCCUUGAAAUGCUAAGUCUGAUUGUGUGGGCGUUAGGAAACAUAUUUGAAGAUAUCUACAGCCCUGAUAGGAUGGUAUAGAAAAGUGGCACAGGUCCUAAUCCAGGCACUUGUCAUCUCCCGUCUGGAUUACUGCAACUCUCUGUUGGCUGGGCUCCCUGCCUGUGCCGUUCAAACCCCUACAACUAAAAUAAAAUAAAACAGUUAGUUGUUGUCCCACUGGCUAUCCUAAGUUGAAUGCACCAAUUUGUAAGUCGCUCUGGAUAAGAGCAUCUGCUAAAUUACUUAAAUGUAAAUGUAUAGAGCACGCCCCCUUACCCAGAUGAACAGUCAUUGGUCUAUUAUAAUCAAUCACAUUGUGACAUCAUGAUGUGGGUCAAAAGUUCCAUCCCACAAGAACAGGUUGAAAUUCCAGGCAUUUUUUUUCAAACAGCUCUUACACAAAAAGGAAAUUAUCAUAAUUUUAGAGUGCUAUUUCGACCUCAUAGUGUGGAAAUAUCAUUUAAAAAACAGGAAAAUCUAGUUUUUUUUACUGCACUUUAAUGUAUUUCCCCCUGCCUGACAGAAAGUACACUUGGGGACUCAUCUGCUUGUUCUCAUAAAUGUACUUCCAAUAUUUGAAAGACGGGGUCGUUGCAAUUCAUUAAAACUGUUGUUCAAUCUGUCUCUUGAGGUUUCGAAGUGAGCCCAGAUCAGAAUGUAACAGAGGAGGACCUCUCUGGACCUCUUCCCAAUGUCCCAGUGAAGAGUAUUGAUUGGCUGCUGGUGUUCUCCAUCUUGUUCAUCGCCGGCUUUACCACCUACGCCAUCCUACGGACUGACAGCAUCCGCUGGCUCAUCCCAGGCCAAGAGCAUGAGCACCAGGACUAAUACACAACCCGCAGACUGUAUGCCCUGUGAAUAAAAGUUGCUCUCAAUGCGAGAGCUGUUGGGCACAAGUGUGGUAAAUCUGGACCUGUAUUCAGACAGUGUCUCAGAUAAGGAGCGCUGAUCUAGGAUCCGUUUUUUUUUGU